AUGCUCGUGUCCGUGUUGUUAAAGGUGAUCGACCGUCGCAGCAGCAUCAUGACGUCCAGAUGUUCCCUGCAUGCAGCGGUGCUGAUGCUGAUGCUGAUGCUGCAGCUCGUCUGUGUCCCUGCAGCCGCGGAGGAGACUGGUACCGUCAUCCCGGCAGAGAGUCGCCCGUGUGUGGACUGUCAUGCCUUUGAGUUCAUGCAGAGGGCGCUGCAGGAUCUCAAGAAGACGGCCUUCAACCUUGAUGCCAGGACGGAGACGCUGGUGCUGAGAGCGGAGAGGAGGGCUCUGUGCGACUGUAUGCCCACCAACUCGCUGCGCUGA